UAGCAAGACAUUUUUUUUCACAAAUAUCACGCAGUUUCAGGGGAAACGAGAGGACAGGUUGAAUCGUAGCCCAGCAGAUUCGAAUAGUAUUCGGUAUUUCUCUCCUUCCUCUUCUUAAGGCAGUAACUCUUUUCUUGUUGGUUUUCGGCCAAGAGGAAGGUCUGUGGGAAAGGCUACAGAUGCAGGCAUGUAUUUACGUUAUAAAGAGGCGUAAUGAUUCAGAUAGCUUGCGUUUUUUGGCGUUUGUCCUUCAGUGAAAGUUAUUUGCCUUUGCCAGCUUGAGCAGUGCGGCACAGAUGUGUGUUAACCACCAGGACUGCGACGGCCAAGUUGAAGUUCAAGGCUAAUGCGCUGUAGUGCCCGGUAGAGUUUGUUCAGCAGAAAAUGGCCGCAGCCGGAGCCGCAGGCGCUCCGGCUUGAAUUUGAACCACACGCCGACAGAGGCGCUCCGUCCCUGGAAGUAGUCUUUGUCAGAGUACCGUUGUUAUACAACCGUGAGUGCGGAUUUAAUCUGAGCACUUUGAAAGCGCACUCAGCGUCUUGGUCUGUUUAUAAAACAGCAAUACGCGUUCCACGGAAGGCACUGCCACAACUUAUUUCUGUAAAUAUUUAUUAAAAUUGCAAAAAAGUUUUUUGGAAGUGUUAACUCACCCAAUACGUUUCUCCCCAUUGAUUGUGAAAGCACUUCAUUUUCCAGGAUCACAUUCAGUUACCAAACUAUGACUUGCAGCUGCAGUGCAAUAACACCUAGCAAUUGUUUGUAUUUGUGAUGACGUUAGCAGUGCACAUUGAUACUUAAGUUGUAUUCUUUGAUGGGCUACUAAAAUUGUCAGAUCAUCGAUUAUUUGACCUGUGACGCACGGCUUAGUGUUAAAUAGAAAGUGUUUUGUGCCGACUUUGGAGGACAUUAUUCGUCUAGUUCAGACAUUUAAUACAAUUCAAUCUACAUUGAACUUUAUUCAGAGAGCUUCAUAAUGUUGAAAGGCACUCGUCAUACCCUUUGCAGCCUACUUUGGAUUAUGCGUAAAUAGCAAGGCUUCAAGGAAGCAUGAAAAAACGACUGCCGUGCUCAAAUGUGUUAAACUAAAUCGUGUGGGAUAUAAACUACUCGUGAUGAAGUAUCCUGAAGAAUCCAAUUAUCUGAACAGAAACUUCAUAGGGUGCUCAGUGCCCGCAAAUUGACAUUUAUUGUAGGCUAUGUGCAUUCUGCUCUCCAGGUCACAUCAACUAGGCUAUGCAUUCUGUCUGUAUGGAAUAAUCCAUUGCCUCUUUCAAAUAAAGCCCACCAUAAAAGUAGCAUAGUUUUCUGUAACAAAUAGCAUAUUCUGUUUCAGACUUCAAAUGUUUAAAUGGGGGUACUUGUGUUGGUUGCAAUAGCUUUUCAUCGACAGUAGGCUACUGGCUAUUUAGUGUUGCAUGUUAAGCGAUGUUGAGUUGACACCGUUUAUUAUGCUCUUGUUUUUGACAUGAUUAAGGCUACGGCUAUGAGUUUGCGAAGUAGCCUAAUGCAAAAGUGAAACACACAGACGUGGGGUUCCUGGUUUUCUUCCCUUGUAUUGGGUUGGUUUUACAGUAAAACGAAGUCCCUAGUGGACCACAACCGUGCCGUUGUCUUGUCAUUGUUUUGCCUGUCUGCAUCUUCUGCUGUGAAAUGGCUUGGAGACUACAUUUAGGACAUUAUUGGAAUUUGACAUGAGCGUGUAACCUAUACUUUCUGCUUCGGCACGGAGCAGGUGCUCAAUUUUUAACAUAAAUUGCACUCCUUUGCUUAUGUAUAAAAGCAUUACUGCUUCGUGCCUGUUACUUAUCGCUCGCUUUCCUUAUCUGACACGAUAUAGUCCAUGCGCUUGGUUUUUUUUUGUGAUGACGUUAUGUUUUGCCUUGCAUGUUCUGCUGUAUGCAUGAAUGAGGGUAUUCAUGCCUUCACUGUGACGCGGUGUCCUCAAUAACCCUUGCCGCUAGUUUGUAACAGUAUGUAGGCUAAAUUGUAGUAAAUUUGUUCGGAAUACGCGCAACCCGCGCUGACGUUACUGUCGCGGAUCAUGCUGGGAUCAAAGAUAGAGGGGUGGGAGUUUCAGUGCGCAAGUGCCUGGAGGAGAGAAAGUCGGUUGCUACUUCUCUUCUAAAUCAAACUUUCAGACGUCGUACCUGAAGCUCGGCUACAGCGAAUGGGGAUUUGGAGUCGUUGGUGUCGUGGAGUAUAUGCGCAUACAGUUGGAAAGACAAUAUUAGGGUUACUGCUUCUUUAAGUUCUUUUUUUGGGAUGGGCUAUUUUCAUAACGUCAUUUCAUUCCUCCCUCUUUUUCAUUUUCUCAUUCUUUGAUUCUUACUCCCCACAUUUCCUAAAUGGAACAGAUUAAUCGACCCUCCACAUUGUCGAGCUUUCAGAAUUUUUAUACAAACUUUUUUGUUUCACAUUCCUCAAUUUCUGCAGCUGACUUUUUCUGGCGGCACGUUAUUUUCCGAGGGCAGAUAUUUUAACGGACGUAAACUGGAGGUGGCGAUGGUGGAGUUGAUGAUGAUGGUGAUGAUGAAAGUGAUCAGUGAAAAAUGAUCCACUAACUUCUCUCUCUUUGCCACUUGCCAAGAACGCUUCUUCUCACCAUGAUGUAUUCACCCCUCUGUCUAACUCAGGAUGAGUUUCAUCCGUUCAUCGAGGCCCUACUGCCGCACGUGCGUGCCUUCGCCUACACCUGGUUCAACCUGCAGGCCCGCAAGCGCAAGUACUUCAAGAAGCACGAGAAGCGCAUGACCAAGGACGAGGAGCGCGCGGUCAAGGACGAACUCCUGGGCGAGAAGCCCGAGGUCAAGCAGAAGUGGGCGUCACGCCUCCUGGCCAAGCUGCGCAAGGACAUCCGGCCCGAGUGCCGUGAGGACUUUGUGCUGACCAUCACGGGCAAGAAGGCGCCCUGCUGUGUGCUCUCCAACCCCGACCAGAAGGGCAAGAUGCGGCGCAUCGACUGCCUGCGGCAGGCCGACAAGGUGUGGCGGCUGGACCUGGUGAUGGUCAUCCUCUUCAAGGGCAUCCCGCUGGAGAGCACGGACGGCGAGCGGCUGGUCAAGGGGGGGCAGUGCGCCAACCCCAUCCUGUGCGUGCAGCCGCGGCACAUCAGCGUCUCCGUCAAGGAGCUGGACCUCUACCUGGCCUACUUCGUGCAGGAGCGAGAGUCCGAGCAGAGCACUAGCCCACGCACUGGCAUCGGGUCAGACCAGGAAGAUAGCAGAGCCCCCACCAUGGAUGCUCCUGAGUUCCAGGACAGCUUUGUGACGUCUGGAGUUUUCAAUGUAACAGAACUGGUGCAAGUGUCAAGAACUCCGGUAGUGACGGGGGCGGGCCCCAACUUCUCCCUGGGGGAGCUACAGGGCCACCUGGCCUACGACCUCAACCCCACAGGGGUGGGCAUGCGGAGAACCCUACCUAGCACCUCCUCCAGUGGGAGUAAGAGGCAUAAGUCGGGCUCCAUGGAGGAUGACAUAGACACCAGUCCAGGAGGGGAGUACUACACCUCACCCAACUCCCCCGCGAGCAGCUCCCGCAACUGGCAGGACGAGAUGGAGGGAGGGAUUUCCCCCACGGUGAAGAAGACAGAGAUGGAUAGUCCGUCUCCACAGGAGAGCUCCCCGCGCCUCGGCUUCACCCAGCACCACCGGCCUGUCAUUGCAGUGCACAGUGACGGUCUGUUCCCCCACCCCUUUCUCUCUCCAGGCAUCAGCAGGAGUCCGCACCCCUCCUCGUCUUUGCACUUCCCCGCCGCGCCGCUCCUGCCCCAGUCCGCCUCCUCCUACCUGCCCCACACGGCCAUCCGCUACCCGCCCCACCUGGGCUCGCAGGACCCGCUCAAGGACCUCGUCUCGCUGGCCUGCGACCCCUCCAACCAACAGCCCAGCCCGGGUCUGAGUCUGGUCCACACCAACCGCUACCAUUCAGAACAACCACCACCAGCACUGCUGCUGCAGCUGAACGGCAGUGGCCAAGGGAAGGUGCCCAGUCACUACAUCUCGUCCCAGAUGCUGGCGCCCCCGCCGCCCCCCGGCAUGCCCCGCCUGACGUUGCCCCCCGACUCCAAAUCCAGCACCACCACAGCGGACGGAGGAGCAAGUUCUCCCACCUCACCCACAUACUCUGCUCCAGGGACGCCACCUGCCAACCGCUCCUUCAUAGGCAUCCCAGGACCUCGGGACCCCGGGCUCUAUCAGGCACAGUCCUGGUACCUGGGCAACUGAUGGACGUAUGGACGGAGGCUGUGAGCAUGAAAAUGGGUUUCAGAUUCAUCGCGUUGUGGAGUUCAGGAAAAAAAAUCGACAAUGUCAAGGAGAUGUAAGAGGGAAAACGUAUAUGCAUAUACAGAAGGUAUAUGUAUAUAUACAAUGUAUGUUUAUACUUAUCUAAAUAUAUGUAUUCCCGAAGUGCAUACAUAUAUUUAGAUAUGUGUACCGAUCUAAAAAUAAAGAUGCUUCAGUUCACCUUUUGAAGUGAGGACCGCAAGACAGAGGAGACAAAGGCCAUGGACAGAGACUAGAGGAGAGAAGAUGAUGUUUUUGGGGGCAGCCACAUUGAACUGUUGAGGUGGGGGGGUAAAGACACUACCACAACAGCCUCCCUCUCCCCCCCCCCCAAAAAAAAGAAAAAUCUACCCCAGCAAGCUUCCCUUGUCCCUUUGGGAUUGUGCUCCUCGAUGCCCUCCCUUCCCCUCAGCUACGGUGCUGCUUUCUCAUAUAUGCAAAACAAAUAUCCUUUAUUUUCUUAACCGACAGGGAAGAGAGAAUCUGUUGACGUUCCGGGUAUAGCGACGCAAUUUUUUUUUUCCCCCAUGGACUUCGUGGAUCCCAAAUUUUUUCAAAGAAAAAAAAUGGGACGGAGGGGCAACGUUUUCAGAAAAUGAAAAAUAAGCGUUGUUAAACAAAAAAAGUCUUCGACGGACUGACGGACAGCUUCCCCUCCAGCGAUAUUUUGACGAAAAGAAGUCAGCUUUUCAUCCGAUUUUAUUGACAAUCAUGAAUCUGUCAGUUCCUUUAUUCUGAGAUUUUUAUUUCCUUUGGAGGACACACUGCAACAUUUGUAUUUUGGGAGCCACUUUUUUGUGGAGGCCUUCUCAUUCGAAACACACUGAUGUUGAUGAUGCGUCUGUGACAAGAAUUAUGCACACCCUUAAAAAACUCACAUGCGCGCACACACACACACACACACACACACACACACACACACACACACACACACACACACACACACACACACACACACACACACACACACACACACACACUCACACACUGACAAGGCUCAGUGUGGUUUUAGGGUGAAGACUUAAAAGUUCAGGGUAUGACGCCUAUUUUUAGGCAGUCACUUGUGAAAGACAUUGAGCGAAGAGACAGUGAAAUCGUAGGUGUUUCCCCUGAUACAUUUGUAUGUAUGUGCGUGUGAGUGUGUGUGUGUAUGUGUGUGUGUGUGUGUGUGCGUGCAGAGACUGCUAUUCUGAUCAUUGUCUCGUUGGACAGUUACCCUAUCCUUUACCUGUUCCUCAGCCUAACCCAACCUAACAUUCUUUUAAAAAGUCUUUUAGUGUAGAGUAGGGGGGUUCAGUUUAAAAAUCUGCAUAGUGAUAAAGAAGAAGAGACUACCCAAAGUUUCUUUGAUCCCUUGCCUGAAAAGUUUUUGUUGUAAAGAAUAGGUCUUUCUUUUGUUUCUUUUGUUUUGCGUUGACUUCUAAAAUCUGAUUUUUUUUUAAAUUACAGGCAUUGCACUACUUAUACAAUUAAAUUCCCACUCGACAGCAAUCUUUUUUUUUUUUGCCUAAUCAUAUGAGAUGCUGCGAGCCAGAGUUAGGAUUGUGUUAGAGUUUGACUCAUUUGUUUUGUUUGAGUUUUUUUGCGUGUGUUCUUUUUGGUAGCAGGGUACAUGAGCUGUGCGUGAGUAGACUUUUUUAUCCCGCUAUCUGUAGGAUUUAAAAACUUUGUAGCCCAGUCCCACAACGUCGUCCACUCCCAUGUGGAAAAAAAAUGUUUGCAUGUGUGCAUGCAACAAGGGGGACAAAUGUUGAAUUUAGGUAAUCCCACCAUUUUUGUUAAGCAGAAUCUGUAUCUUAAAGUCAUUGGAAUGACAGCUCUGUCUGUGUGAAUUUCAGAAGUAGAAAAUUUUUCAAGGGGUUGAGGGGGCAGGGAGGGGGCCAGGGGUCGCAUUGUAUGCACCCUCAUGUGGAAGACAUUGGUGGCUCCUUACUGGCGCCAUUACUGUGUGUGUGUGUGCGUGUGUGUGUGUUAGUGUGUGUGCGCGUGUGUGUGCACUUCUGCAUGUAUGCGUGUGUGUGCAGGUGGGACAACAUGGAGAUACAUGUGUGUGUGUGUGUGUGUGUGUGUGUGUGUGUGUGUGUGUGUGUGUGUGUGUGUGUGUGUGUGUGUGUGUGUGUGUGUGUGUGUGUGUGUGUGUGUGUGUGUGUGUGUGUGCGUGUGUGCGUGCGUGCGUGCGUGCGUGCGUGCGUGCGUGUGUUCUGUGGGUUUGCACGUGUGUGCCCGUGUGUGGCUGGGGUUAUGGCCUACAGACAUCUUCACUGGGAGGGAGUGGCUGAUCUGGUGAGCAGUGGCAUAACUCUUGUGUCUUCCUGCACCAGACUUCUCUCUCUAUAGCUGAUGUCUGCAUCUCGCCCUUGCAGAGGAGCUGUUAGUGAACUCAGACAUGCUCACAGCAGAAGGAGCGUGAUUUGUACUGAUGUUAAACCGAGAUAAAAAAAAACCUUCCUCCACAUCAGGGCUUCAGACUCCUCUCUACCAAACCCAAAAUCUUAAAGCCAUGAAAAGUGCCUAAGACAUUGCAAGAGUUCCAUUUUUUUUCCUUUCCGUCUUCUCUUUCGAAUGAAAUCGUUUAGUUGGUUUGUUUGUUUUUCCCUGUGAGCGUCUGAGUCAGAAUUAGCUCCAUGCUAGCCACACUUUUGUGGGAAGAAGAAGAGAACGGUUUUGAGAGCGGGAGAGAGAGAGCAAGAGAGAGAGAGAGAGAGCUUUCAGCUCCCACAUCCCUCAAAUGCACCUUUUUUAAUGCAUGUCCUUGUGAACUGAACUCACCCUCUGCAGAUAAAAUAGCGUUAGAUUGAUAGACAGAGUGAGGAAGAUAAACAGAAAGAGAGAAACAGCGAAAGAGAGGGAAUAUGUACCCCCAGCUAUCGGCAUAACCGCAUAAGCAAUACAUAUCAAUGCUUUAUGCAGAAAGGAACUGUUAACAGUACACAACUAACAGAACUAUACAAAACACACACAGGGAAGGACUAAUGUGCGCACUCACACACACACACUGGUCACACCCGACUCGAAUGUUUGUUUUGUUUUUCAAUGUGGCUUUGCAAUGGCAAACUGCAAAACCCGUUAAGUUGCAAUCUGAACCCAGUUUUGUGAAGAUAAUACCACAAAGAUGAAUCAUUUUUACAAGGGUGCUGAUAUGAGAAUUUUACCUUGAUAUAUUAUAAAUGCAUGGUGCUUUCAAAUGAAAAAAAAUCUAUGACAACUUAGCUCUUAAGGCCACUGUAACGCGAACUUCGGGUGCAUGGCAGAUACUCUUUAGUGCCCCCCAGAAACUGCCCUGCCCCAAUCUACAACCACCUUCCUUUACCCCCCCUGUUCGGACCCCCAGAUCCCCCCUCUCCCCCCUUAAUCUUCCCCAGACCCAUGGAAUAGAGAGCCAGAGAUUUAGAUGGGUUCAAACCAUUUUACCACAUUUCUUAUGAUUUUUACUCCCUCCUCCUCUUCUACUUUGCACGAUAUUUUAUAUAACACAUUAUGUGCCUUGCCUUUAGUUAAGAACAGUAAUACAUGAUUGAAAGACAAAAUGUACAUUUGUUUCUUUUACCAAUGUAACCAGUAUCGCUGCAAAAAAAAAAACAGACAAAACUACAAAAAAAAACAAUAACAGUACAAUGCUGCAUGUUUGAUUGCUUGCCAUUAUCCAAUUAGAAUUAACAGAUUAAUUAAAAAGAAGUCGCCGUUUUUUUGGGAACUGAAAACAAAUGGAUCGUCACCAUCAUCGACUUCUUCCUUUUUUAUAAGAACAGUGACUGUCUUUCCCUGCUCUCCGCAUGGAAUCAGAGCUACAUAACUCUCUUUCAGUCCUUCACUCUCUUUUACCCUUUUAACGUCUUUCAUUUGAUGGGUUUGUGUUCCGUCUCUGUCCGUUUGAUUCUUUCCUUUUUUGUGUUUGGUUGUUGUUGUUGUUUUUGUCUCUCGUCAGUGUACUGUGGCUUCCCGCUCAUGCUGCUUUCCAUCCUGCUUUUCGCUUAUGCAAUGUGAAAUAUGCAAUUCCAGUUCUCAUUUCCACAUUGGCAGUGGGUUUUUUUUCCUCCCAGUUCAGUCUUUUUUUAUUUUUCUUUUCUAACAAGAGGAGAUUGAAUGUAUCACGCAUAUAUGAGAGGAAGAGAGGAAGUGCUGUGCAGUGUGUAAUCUAGACUCGCACAACAGAGAGGGUGUUCACGACCAGAGAAGAGCCAAUCAAGCUGUUGCAGGUUUUGUUUUUUUGCACCAGUACAUAGUGUAAGGUUGUCUUUUUUUUUAGGCGGGGUUGCUCCUGUGGCGACAGGAGUGAAAUCAGUUUAGAAGGAGGAGAACAGAGAAGCAUGAUUGACGUCACUGGGAUGAGAGGAAAGUAUUUGCACAGAAUAGGAUUGUAGAGUACUGAGUUAGGCUUUCUAGUUAUUUUUAAGGAGCAGGAUCAGGUACCCUUGACUCACUUUGGAUCACUUGGGGGUUUUAUGAUCCUGAGUUGGUCAUAGUCGACGGAGUGGCGGUCUCAGCACUUUUAUAAGCUGUCCUCAGUGCAUUUGAAAUUGAAAUCCAACCUUUUUUUGCUACAGACGUUGAAAGCCAUGUGUUCAAAUUCUAGCUAUGAACAGUUAGAUCAGAGUUGAGAACUUUUGUACUUGCAUUUAUACAGCAGUAUUGAAAUGCUGAAGAAUCGUGGAAAGAACUAUGACUGGAAUAGCAAAAAAGAAUAAUAAUUUCUAUGAGAAAUUCCUAUGUAGAAUGUACACUGUCUUGUUGCAUUCGUCAAUGUUGCGCUGUGUGCAGUGCUUCAGAAAUUGUGUGUCUGUGUGUGUGUGUGCGUUUUAAUAUGUCCUUGGAUGUGCGAUUAUGCAAUGUAUGUAUGAAUGUCUGUUUGAGGGGUAUUGUGAUUUGUAUUUCUCGACGCAAGUUGGUGACAGGGAGAGAGACAGGACAAGGAGAAGAACGAAUGUGUUGAGGUGGAUGAGUUAAAGAAAUCUGAUCUACCGUAGCACUUUGCUGUCUUUCUCAGAUUGUACAUAUGAGCGCAAAUGUGCCACAGACCUGGGGGCGAUGAGUAUUUGGACAGACUUUUUCAAAGUUAAGACAGAGAGUAGACAGAGAACGCUAACUUCUUUUGACUCCAAGGUUUCUAAAUUUGUUUCUGUAGACAUGUCAAUGGAGCACUACUAAUAUGUGUUGUAAAGGAGCCUUGAAAAGACUGUUGCACAAGAACUGUUGAAAAAAAUGCAAUAACUCACAUGACAUUGUCCAUCUCAAACCUCCCCAAGAAUAUUUUGCUAAUGUUAGGUCCCUCAGACACAUACAUCUGAAUAGUUCUCACUCCCCCGGACGUUUUAUGUUUUUAUGUCAUUACUGAAGUUUUAGUUACUUUGGAUCUUGUAUUGUGGUCGUAGUGCAGUGAUGACAACAAUGGAAAAACUCUAAGCAACAGCACCAUGGAAACCAGAGCCUGAGCCAGAGUAGGCACAAAUAGCGCUGACCCUCUCUGGUUCUGAGAUCUUUGCUUGUUCCUUUUCUUCUUCCUCUUCUUCUUCUUCUUCUUCUUCUUCUUCUUCCUCUUCUUCUUCUUCUUCUUCUUCUUAAUACCUUUUACAUGAGCUCCAUAACACGGUCUACCAUAGACUUAGCUUCGUAUGACGUGGAGUAUUAUACUUUUGUGACUUUGUACAUGCCUUUUAGCGUGAAUUUGACCCGUAAAAUUCAACAUAACUUCGACACCCUUAGCUUUGCUAUUUGCCAUGCUUGUGGCGAAUAAAAGCAAGCAACUUGUAUUCCAACCGUAUUAAGUCUGUGUUUGGAAGAGGUGAAGAAAGCCCAACCAUAGCCACCAUGAUGAUUUUUUAGGAACUUGUUUAAAAAUGAGUUUUUUUUUAAACACAGUAUAUUUCUGUAGAUUUUUUCCUUCGUCUUUUUUAAAAAAUUAGUGGUUAGGUGAUAAUUUAUAAUUUCUUACUUGGUAGCGUAAUGGGAUUAUUAUUGAAUAAGAGAAGAUAUUGUGUGUGUUUUUUUUCUCUUCAGCUGGGUCAAAAGGCCUGUGUGUGAUAGUUUGUUAUGCAGUGUACAGUAUUGUUUCUGCAAUGGAUAUUGCAACGCUGGUAGCUAUUAAGAUUUGCUGGUAGCUAUAAAGAGUUUUCAGUGAAACGGCAGAACAAGAGGAAUUGUUUACAUGCUCGUCUUAAGAUCUUGGCAGUGACGGUUCGUGUGCCCUGGCGUGGGCCCAGGUUGAAGUGGAGUGCUGUUGCCAAAAGGCAUUCCAUCAGAUUCAUACGACUUCACACGUCUAGCAAGAUGCUGCCAUCAUUCAGCAAGCAACUUUGUUAUUUAAAAAAUAAACAGGACAGGUGACGGAAUGAGAAUGGUCUGCUUGCCAACCCAUGGAGGCCUUCAAAAAUGCCUCGUUUUCUCUCUCUAUUCAGAUAUUUGAUUGGCCAAACCUGUGCUGUGUGUUCAUCACAAACAUGAGUUUAUGUCCCCUUGGGGCUUGUAUUUGUAACUUCAAAUUCAGUGACUGCUGUAUAAUCUACCACAGAGGUGACCAAAAUUCUAUGACAUAUUUCCAGUCUCCCAACCGGCCAUGCCAUCCCACCCCAUGCAGCUCAAUGCCUAUAGUACUUGUCUUCUGUGCACAAUUGGCCUACCUCCUAUCAUUCCAGCAGUCUGUUUCCCUCACUCACUCACUCACUCACUCACUCACUCACUCACACACACACACACACACACACACACACACACACACACACACACACACUAAUACACAAACACACAAAGCCUAAUAUUUGUAUUAAUACUGCAUCAGCACACACAGACUACCCCCACCCAAGGCCCCAGGCCAGACUGUCUCGCCCCAUCACCUGUCCCGUGAAGAUUUGCACUGCUCCAGACUCACUCAUCCAACUCUGUCACAACGCCAACCUGGGUCUGGCCAGCGGCACACAGGGACGGAUGUCCGAUGCCACCAUCUAGCCUAACCAGCACAGUGGUCCUGCAAUAGGUCUGCAGCAUGCACGCAUUGAUGCACACACACACUCACACACACACACACACACACAUACCGCUGUGUGUAUUUGUGUGUGUGUGUUUGUGUUUGCGUGCACGCACGCGCCUUCUUAUUCGUCCUAUGCUUUUUUUUCUUUUUCGUACCUUAACACAGCCACGCCAGACAAACUGACAAACACACACGAAUCUGAGCACCACCCAGAUAUGAGUCCAUCUGUCUGGGCAGGUUUCCUUUUAUCCCCAAACACCUUUCUGUUUUCCAAUUGGUGAUAUUUGACGAUUUGAACUUACACUGACAAUAUUAUGCAUUAGUGGAUGCAUGUAAAAUAUGAUCCUCAUCUUCUUUCUAAACCCUUUUUUCUAUAGUUUUAGUAAUUAUUGUUAUGCUUAAUGUUUUAUUGUUACAUUUUUGAACACAUUAUCCUGUGUAUAAAUCCUUACAGUAUAUCAAGUAGAAUUGAGAAAAAAAGGUAAAAUGUACAUAAAAAUUCUUCUUUUUUUGUAUGAGAAAAUAUAUGUUUAUGUUUCUUGUGUUUGGGUUUAGUUGUCAUAAGCUUGUGGCCAAGCCACAGUAAAAUGCGAAUUCCUUCUAAGGGAUCUGUUGUGGCCGGUGAGGUGAAAAAAAGCCCACCUGGCAAUGCUGCAAGCCUUUUUAAAAGAAGGUACCUGUCCUGUCCUCGCCUCGGGCAGACCUGCCUGGGCUCCAAACUCCAGUAAUUUCAGCAUCAACCUGUCGUUGUUUUAAAAACAGACUUAGCUUUUAUUUUUCGAGGGGAUAUGCAAAUUCUAUUGCCAUUUUUUUCUCUCUCUAUCUCUCCUUCUCCACAACUCAUAUUUUUAACAGUUUUUGCACUUCUUGCAUUUUCACUAUUGUGCAAGCUUCAAGAUCUUUAAAAAAAAAUACAAAACUUUUUUUUUCCUUUUCGUGUUUCUAUUUGGAAGAUUGCACUAGAUAACUUGCUUUUUGGUAUUGUUGUCUAAGGAUACUUCUUUUUUUUUUUUUUUUUAAAGAUGUGCAUCUCUAGAAAUAUUUCGAGACUUUCAACCUUCUAUAGUGUAGCUUGAUUCAAACAAGAGAAAGAACUCGAUUGGAGAAUGAGCUGCUUUGUUGUUGUUUUUUAUUCUCUUUUUAUUAUUUUUAAGCUGUAUUUAUCUAUAUUGAAGCCAGCCAGCAAUUUGUAUUUAUUUCCCCUCAUGUAAUGAAAUCCGCAGUGGAUGAAGUGGGUCUUGUGUCUUGGAGUCGUAGGGUCUUCCUGCUCAGUUUGAAAACAUUGGACCUGGAACGCUGAGGGAGGUUCUAAGUUGGCAUGUGUUGCUCACGGUCCGGUUCUCGACAAUCACCGGCCAGGCGGACGCUCACACAGUGUGACUGGAGGCCGCUGGGUAUUGGCAAAGUGUCUGAGAGUGAAGGAAGCCCCCACCCACCCACACAAACAUACUCCCACCCAACCCCACCCCACCCCAUCCCCUCCGCUAUUCUGAGUGCCUUUCUCACCAUAGACCCAAACUGAAUGUCUCUGUAAGACUGUAGGCACAGGGAUGCACUGAAUUGAGCGAAUCGAAAAGGGAAACUGCUGCUGUCCUUGCAAGGUGUCUUUUUUAUGAAAAGGACAAAGGGGUGAUAUACUGUAUAUCUCCCAACAGUGUCUGGUUGGUCAGUCGGUCACAUAGUGAUCUGGCAAAGCACAAAGUAGCUUCUAGCUAGCGUAGCAGCGUAGAGCACUGAACACAUCAGGAAGUGAAGUUCGGAGAGGUCGUUUGGCGUCCCCCAGUUGGCACUUUUGAGGAGGGAGGCCCAAUUGUCCCGGUGUAGAGCAUGACGAUGUUAGGCCAGGGCGAAUCCACAUGUCAGCUGAUCAUCAUGGAGGGAUGUCAAAUGAGGUCAGAGACUCAGGUUAGCCAGAGGUUAAUGAGGAGAAGAAGACGAAAAAAAAACCACAUUAAAUAGUUUCUUUUCCCCCCUUCCCCGAAACCCCCUGUGCAUUGCUUUGACUUUUCGUUUGUCAAAUUUUGUUUUCUCCUUUUCAAACGCAGUUUUUGUAUGACGCUUGCAAAUUCCAUUUAGCGCCAUGUUUUUCCUCUUUAAGCAAGGGCUGGACAAUUUCUUCAGGGCAGGAACUACAUCGUCUUGAUUUCCCUCCAUCAUCCAUCCCAGGCUUCAGUUUUCAGCUGUGCCAUUACAGCCAAGGCCUUGUCUCUUGUUUGUUUCGAUUGUUUAUUAGUUUGUUUUUCAUCAUUCAGCCGAAAUGAGACACAAAAAACACAUGCAUUUGAUCCAGCCUGUCAAAAUGUCCAUGUGAAAUAUCCAGUCCUUUAAUCACAGUAAGGGCUAAGUGCUUCGGAGAAGGCCCUGAGCAUGAACUUGGAUCCAAGUCACCAUCAGAAUAAAAAUGGCACACUUGGUCAUAAAAUCGUUGGUCACGACAUCUGAAUAGAAAUUGAUGUAUGUGUGUUUUUAAAAAGCCUUCAGUCAACGUUAAGGAUGGGAUUUUGGGAGGUUUUUUUAAAGAAUUGGCUCAUGUAGAUAUGCUGGACUGUGAGACUGUUCUCAGAGACAUGAUAAACUCAAGCCAUGCUUAUCCAAGGCGGUUGGACGAGGCCGUUGCCUGACAAGCUCAACUUCCAGGACAUUAUCUUACGACAGUCAAAUGCAUGGUUUACUAGAUCCACCCCUGCCCUGCUGUGGGAGUCUGUGUAAGAGAGCUCAUUUCAUUGCAUAGUUUGAGAGCCAUGUUCACAUUAAGACUUUACAAACUGUUCCUUUGGUUUAGAACACAUUUCCUAAAGAAUAAACAACACCUCUCAGUUAUGACAGUACCACAUUUAGUCACAUUUAUAUAAUUGUGGCUGAGCAAAAUCCAGUUCUGUUUUUUUUUUUUUUAACGUAUUUGUUUUCUUCUUUUUAACAUAAAUCCUCAGUGAAACCAGCAGGUAAAAGCAAAAUGAUAUCCAUACACCAAGUAGGCAAUACCAAAAAUUCCUUCAACAAGCAGUGCCUCUCAUUUGACUGCUAAUCUGUAUCAGUUUUAGCGCGUUCACCUUCAGACACUCUUUAUAAGUUCAAUGACACACACACAGACACACACACACCAUGUGUCCUGCCUUUAUGUCUAAAGCCAUUUUGAAGUUACAAGAGGGAUGGGUUUUGGGGUUCCACCUACCACCAUACAUCUCGGCCACCUCUUAGUAAUACUCCACUGCGUAGCAUAUGGUUUCAACGCAACACAGAUCAGAGAGUGUUUGGAAAGCACUCCCCUCUGUCAGCAGGGUUAAAAAGCCAUGAUCAUUUUUUUUUUCUUGCGGUUCCAGGACCCCCUUUUCAACAUGUUAUUCAUUCAUAUCACCUCACAUGUUAAAGUAAAUGAUGACAAUGGUAACAUUAAUAACAAGAUAAAUCAUUUCGGUGGUCUUCUUUCAAGGCCAGAAUACUCAAAAGGCUCCUAAUGGCUAAAGACUGAAAACUAAACUGACAUGAUGUUGGAUUGAGACUGGUGGUCUCUGGGCUGACCUGAGGUGCUCCCCUUUUUUUGGUCACAACACUCGCUUUUGUUUUCUUUUCUUUUAGUACUGCUUUCUUUUCACAGUUUUCUUUUUUCUUUGUUGUUCUUUUCAAAAGCAUGCUGAACUUUUUCAAUGUGAGUUGAUCUGGUGGAGAAGGGAUGAGGUUGAAAUGUUUCUCAGAGAACAUUCGAAUGCAGUGUUAAAAAAUUAAGGAUUUUGUUUCUCUUUUUUUGUUUUUGUUUCUCAUUAUUCUUUACAAAUAUUACAAUAGUAGUUACUCAUUAUCGCUUGCUUGCUGCACAGACAUACACUUCACACCAGGGAAGAGCACUUGCACAUUUAGUUCAGACACAACCAGUAGAAACAGAGCUCAAAUCAAACAGACAUUAACACACGGGUCUCUUUUGACAGCUUGUGAUUUUAUUUUUCCUUAUUUUUCAUGCUUCUGAUCGUUUUCUCUUCCGAAACUGUUGGGAUGGAAACUUUUUAUCAGCAAAAGUCGGUAACCAUAUUUUAAUAAUUAUUUGGAUAUGGAGGACAAAGAUCUUUUUUUUUUCCUCAUACAAACACACACACACAGCUAAAGUAAACAACAAAAUUUGCCAUGUGUUUUUGAACUGGUGUGGGGGGGAAUUUACAGCUUUGACAAUAUUUCAUUAUAACAUUGUAUUCAGCCAUCGCUGUUAGCAAAAUGCUCAUCAUUACAUUACUGGAAGUGAGUAUGUUUCCCUAUGCAAAAAAAUAUAAAAAUAAUAAACAAGCUAUGCUACAACUCAGAACAA